AUGAGCUGGCUGAGCUGGUGCGAGGUCGCCACCCCGGGGCUCAGCGUGGGGGGGAGGCAGACGGUGUCGCUGAUGCUGCCCGAGGACGUGGAGAAGCUGCAGCGGACGGACGGCCCGCACCCCCGGCGCGUGCCCACGCUGCCCUGGCUGACCUACCGGCAGCAGCGGGGGCACGCGUGCGGGGUGUUCUUGAUGAACGGGCCUGAGUGGCGCUCCCAGAGGAUGGGGCUGAACCCCGAGGUGCUGUCCCCGCAGGCCGUGCACAAGUUUGCCCCGAUGGUGGACAGGGUGGCCAGGGACUUCUCCCAGGUCCUGCGGGCCAAGGUGCUGCAGAACGCCCGGGGCAGCCUCACCCUGGACGUGCAGCCCAGCAUCUUCCACUACACCAUGGAGGUCAGCAACCUGGUCAUUUUCGGGGAGCGGCUGGGGCUCCUCACGCAGAGGCCCACCCCGGGCAGCCAGGACUUCAUGCUGGCUCUGAAGAACAUGUUCAUGUCCACCGUGCCCCUCAUGUCCCUGCCCCCGGGCCUGUCCCGCUGGGUCAGCACCGUGUACCCCUUGCUGAUGACGCUCUUCGAGCUGGCUAGGAACCCCCAAGUGCAGCAGGCCCUGAGGGAGGAGAGCCUGGGGGCGCAGGACCGGGUGGCGGAGCAGCCCCAGAGGGCCAUGGCCGAGCUGCCGCUGCUGCGGGCCGCCCUCAAAGAGACCUUGAGACUGUACCCCGUGGGCGUCUUUCUGGAGCGCGAAGUGACCUCUGACUUGGUGCUGCAGGACUACCACAUCCCCGCGGGGGUGAGCGAGGCCGCCCCGCUACGGUCCGUGUUCCCUCUCGCUCCCCUGGGGCGGAGCCCCUCCGUGUUCGCCAGGCCCGAGCGCUACCAUCCGCAGCGCUGGCUGGACAAGCAGGGCCCCAGCACCUCGUUCCAGCACCUGGCCUUUGGCUUCGGGGUGCGCCAGUGCCUGGGGCGGCGGCUGGCGGAGGUGGAGAUGGUGCUGCUGCUUCACCACGUGCUGAAGGACUUCCUGGUGGAGACGCUGGCGCGAGAGGACCUCGCGAUGGGCUACCACUUCGUGCUCAUGCCCUCCGCCUUCCCCCUCCUGACCUUCAGGGCCAUCAACUAG